AUGGCUGAGUAUGAAGCUUGCAAAUUGGGACUAGAGGAGGCUAUUAAUUUAAGGAUUAAAGUCCUUGGAGUAUAUGGAGACUCCGCUCUAGUAAUACAUCAGAUCAUAGGUGAUUGGGAGACAAGACAUGCUAAUUCUGUAUAUGGAGACUCCGCUCUAAUUCUGUAUCAGGAUUAUGUGUUGAAGUUGUUCCCAAAGUUUGACAAAAUCACUUUUUCCCAUAUUCCUCGAGAAGAGAAUCAAAUGGCAGAUACUCUAGCAACUCUGGAAUCUAUGUACAAGUUGAUAUGGCCUAAUCAUCAGCCUAGUAUUGAAAUCAGGCGUUUUGACGAACCUGCUCACUAUUUGACAACAGGAGAAGAAUCAGAUGGCAAACCCUGGUUCUUUGAUAUUAAACACUAUCUCGAGAAACAAGAAUAUUUGACAAAUGCUUCUAGCCUUAACAGGAGAACUAUAAGGAGGUUGGCAUCAAAGUUCUUACUAAAUGGAGAUGUGUUAUAUAAGUGUAAUUAUGACAUGGUCCUACUCAGAUGUGUGGAUAAAGAUGAAGCUAAUCAACUCAUGAAGGAUAUACAUGAACGAUCCUUUGGCACCCAUGCAAGUGGACAUGCGAUAACAAAGAAAAUCCUGAGGGCAGACUACUACUAG